AUACCCUCCGUGCUUAAGGUCUGAAAACUAGAAGAAAAUGUUAUUGGAACCCAAAUUAAGUAUAGCCCAUUUUUGUUAAAACACUGCAAAUGAUAAGAGCUUAUAGAGAUGAAUAAAAAUAUGCAUUUGACUCCCCAUUACAAAUUGCUCAACAUUUAAAUGGAAAAAAUGAACAAUCCCUUUUUUAAAGAAAUCCAAACAAAAAUUAACUUCAAAAAAUAACCCUGUCUUAUUGAAAAAUAGUCAUUUCAAUAAAGCAUGUGCAUUUCCCUUUUAUUUAAAAAAACGUAAUUGAGUUUAGGAACCAGCAAUGCCAGGUAAAUCGGCUAGCUAACAAGAACUGUAGAAAGCACAGAUCCUGCAUCCGGGCUGGAACCAAUCCCUACCUGAUAGCAGUCACAAAGAAAUCUCCCCGUAAGCAGUUGAUUCCUGACGUGUGCCACGGUUUCUUGUACCUCCAUUGAAGUACCCGGUGCUGCCGGUGUUGGGGAGAGGCUGUCGGACGAGAGGGACAGCGUGUCAGCCCGGGCACGGGCGUGCUAAAUUCCCGUGUCAGCCGCGCCGGUGACGUUCGAGGACGUGGCGGUCUAUUUCUCGCCGGAGGAGUGGAAGGAGCUGGCGGACUGGCAGAAAGAGCUGUACUGGGCUGUGAUGAAGGAGAAUUACGAGCUCGUCACCUCCUUAGUAGAUGAUGAGACUGUGAAUGCCAGAAUGGAGGAGAAGAUUCGGGAGGAGGAUGCUGAGCCCCUGCUUCCAGGCAAGCCCCUUUCCCUGAAACUGGAAGAGAACGUUUCCCCGAGCUCGGUGAAGGCGAAGACCUGCCUGACUCGGAGCAGACUCCAGACCGCGCAGAGAAACUCUUCCGGCGACACACGAGAGAGCCCAGCAAGCAGCACGGCUCCGCAGAAGUCCCAGGUGGCGGAGAGACCCGACACCCUUCAGGAGCGCGAGCGAGGCUGCCUGGAGACCAGUCUCCUGGCUCGGGCAAGGACCCACAGGAGGGACCGGCCGUUUCCCUGCAGCGAGUGCGGGAAAUGCUUCUCCCAGAAGGGGGACCUGAAGAUCCACCUGCGGAUCCACACGGGGGAGCGGCCGUACGCGUGCACCGAGUGCGGGAAGCGCUUCACCCAGCGCGGGUACCUGAAGAUCCACCUGCGGCUGCACACGGGGGAGAAACCUUUUCCGUGCGCCGAGUGUGGGAAGAGCUUCACUCGCAAAGUGGACCUGAGAGUCCACCAGCGGAAGCACACGGGGGAGCGGCCCUUCGCCUGCGCCGAGUGCGGGAAGAGCUUCACUCGCAAAGUGGACCUGAGAGUCCACCAGCGGAAGCACACGGGGGAGCGGCCCUUCGCCUGCGCCGAGUGCGGGAAGAGCUUCACUCGCAAAGUGGACCUGAGAGUCCACCAGCGGAAGCACACGGGGGAGCGGCCCUUCGCCUGCGCCGAGUGCGGGAAGAGCUUCACUCGCAAAGUGGACCUGAGAGUCCACCAGCGGAAGCACACGGGGGAGCGGCCCUUCGCCUGCGCCGAGUGCGGGAAGAGCUUCACUCGCAAAGUGGACCUGAGAGUCCACCAGCGGAAGCACACGGGGGAGCGGCCCUUCGCCUGCGCCGAGUGCGGGAAGAGCUUCACUCGCAAAGUGGACCUGAGAGUCCACCAGCGGAAGCACACGGGGGAGCGGCCCUUCGCCUGCGCCGAGUGCGGGAAGAGCUUCACUCGCAAAGUGGACCUGAGAGUCCACCAGCGGAAGCACACGGGGGAGCGGCCCUUCGCCUGCGCCGAGUGCGGGAAGAGCUUCACUCGCAAAGUGGACCUGAGAGUCCACCAGCGGAAGCACACGGGGGAGCGGCCCUUCGCCUGCGCCGAGUGCGGGAAGAGCUUCACUCGCAAAGUGGACCUGAGAGUCCACCAGCGGAAGCACACGGGGGAGCGGCCCUUCGCCUGCGCCGAGUGCGGGAAGAGCUUCACUCGCAAAGUGGACCUGAGAGUCCACCAGCGGAAGCACACGGGGGAGCGGCCCUUCGCCUGCGCCGAGUGCGGGAAGAGCUUCACUCGCAAAGUGGACCUGAGAGUCCACCAGCGGAAGCACACGGGGGAGCGGCCCUUCGCCUGCGCCGAGUGCGGGAAGAGCUUCACUCGCAAAGUGGACCUGAGAGUCCACCAGCGGAAGCACACGGGGGAGCGGCCCUUCGCCUGCGCCGAGUGCGGGAAGAGCUUCACUCGCAAAGUGGACCUGAGAGUCCACCAGCGGAAGCACACGGGGGAGCGGCCCUUCGCCUGCGCCGAGUGCGGGAAGAGCUUCACUCGCAAAGUGGACCUGAGAGUCCACCAGCGGAAGCACACGGGGGAGCGGCCCUUCGCCUGCGCCGAGUGCGGGAAGAGCUUCACUCGCAAAGUGGACCUGAGAGUCCACCAGCGGAAGCACACGGGGGAGCGGCCCUUCGCCUGCGCCGAGUGCGGGAAGAGCUUCACUCGCAAAGUGGACCUGAGAGUCCACCAGCGGAAGCACACGGGGGAGCGGCCCUUCGCCUGCGCCGAGUGCGGGAAGAGCUUCACUCGCAAAGUGGACCUGAGAGUCCACCAGCGGAAGCACACGGGGGAGCGGCCCUUCGCCUGCGCCGAGUGCGGGAAGAGCUUCACUCGCAAAGUGGACCUGAGAGUCCACCAGCGGAAGCACACGGGGGAGCGGCCCUUCGCCUGCGCCGAGUGCGGGAAGAGCUUCACUCGCAAAGUGGACCUGAGAGUCCACCAGCGGAAGCACACGGGGGAGCGGCCCUUCGCCUGCGCCGAGUGCGGGAAGAGCUUCACUCGCAAAGUGGACCUGAGAGUCCACCAGCGGAAGCACACGGGGGAGCGGCCCUUCGCCUGCGCCGAGUGCGGGAAGAGCUUCACUCGCAAAGUGGACCUGAGAGUCCACCAGCGGAAGCACACGGGGGAGCGGCCCUUCGCCUGCGCCGAGUGCGGGAAGAGCUUCACUCGCAAAGUGGACCUGAGAGUCCACCAGCGGAAGCACACGGGGGAGCGGCCCUUCGCCUGCGCCGAGUGCGGGAAGAGCUUCACUCGCAAAGUGGACCUGAGAGUCCACCAGCGGAAGCACACGGGGGAGCGGCCCUUCGCCUGCGCCGAGUGCGGGAAGAGCUUCACUCGCAAAGUGGACCUGAGAGUCCACCAGCGGAAGCACACGGGGGAGCGGCCCUUCGCCUGCGCCGAGUGCGGGAAGAGCUUCACUCGCAAAGUGGACCUGAGAGUCCACCAGCGGAAGCACACGGGGGAGCGGCCCUUCGCCUGCGCCGAGUGCGGGAAGAGCUUCACUCGCAAAGUGGACCUGAGAGUCCACCAGCGGAAGCACACGGGGGAGCGGCCCUUCGCCUGCGCCGAGUGCGGGAAGAGCUUCACUCGCAAAGUGGACCUGAGAGUCCACCAGCGGAAGCACACGGGGGAGCGGCCCUUCGCCUGCGCCGAGUGCGGGAAGAGCUUCACUCGCAAAGUGGACCUGAGAGUCCACCAGCGGAAGCACACGGGGGAGCGGCCCUUCGCCUGCGCCGAGUGCGGGAAGAGCUUCACUCGCAAAGUGGACCUGAGAGUCCACCAGCGGAAGCACACGGGGGAGCGGCCCUUCGCCUGCGCCGAGUGCGGGAAGAGCUUCACUCGCAAAGUGGACCUGAGAGUCCACCAGCGGAAGCACACGGGGGAGCGGCCCUUCGCCUGCGCCGAGUGCGGGAAGAGCUUCACUCGCAAAGUGGACCUGAGAGUCCACCAGCGGAAGCACACGGGGGAGCGGCCCUUCGCCUGCGCCGAGUGCGGGAAGAGCUUCACUCGCAAAGUGGACCUGAGAGUCCACCAGCGGAAGCACACGGGGGAGCGGCCCUUCGCCUGCGCCGAGUGCGGGAAGAGCUUCACUCGCAAAGUGGACCUGAGAGUCCACCAGCGGAAGCACACGGGGGAGCGGCCCUUCGCCUGCGCCGAGUGCGGGAAGAGCUUCACUCGCAAAGUGGACCUGAGAGUCCACCAGCGGAAGCACACGGGGGAGCGGCCCUUCGCCUGCGCCGAGUGCGGGAAGAGCUUCACUCGCAAAGUGGACCUGAGAGUCCACCAGCGGAAGCACACGGGGGAGCGGCCCUUCGCCUGCGCCGAGUGCGGGAAGAGCUUCACUCGCAAAGUGGACCUGAGAGUCCACCAGCGGAAGCACACGGGGGAGCGGCCCUUCGCCUGCGCCGAGUGCGGGAAGAGCUUCACUCGCAAAGUGGACCUGAGAGUCCACCAGCGGAAGCACACGGGGGAGCGGCCCUUCGCCUGCGCCGAGUGCGGGAAGAGCUUCACUCGCAAAGUGGACCUGAGAGUCCACCAGCGGAAGCACACGGGGGAGCGGCCCUUCGCCUGCGCCGAGUGCGGGAAGAGCUUCACUCGCAAAGUGGACCUGAGAGUCCACCAGCGGAAGCACACGGGGGAGCGGCCCUUCGCCUGCGCCGAGUGCGGGAAGAGCUUCACUCGCAAAGUGGACCUGAGAGUCCACCAGCGGAAGCACACGGGGGAGCGGCCCUUCGCCUGCGCCGAGUGCGGGAAGAGCUUCACUCGCAAAGUGGACCUGAGAGUCCACCAGCGGAAGCACACGGGGGAGCGGCCCUUCGCCUGCGCCGAGUGCGGGAAGAGCUUCACUCGCAAAGUGGACCUGAGAGUCCACCAGCGGAAGCACACGGGGGAGCGGCCCUUCGCCUGCGCCGAGUGCGGGAAGAGCUUCACUCGCAAAGUGGACCUGAGAGUCCACCAGCGGAAGCACACGGGGGAGCGGCCCUUCGCCUGCGCCGAGUGCGGGAAGAGCUUCACUCGCAAAGUGGACCUGAGAGUCCACCAGCGGAAGCACACGGGGGAGCGGCCCUUCGCCUGCGCCGAGUGCGGGAAGAGCUUCACUCGCAAAGUGGACCUGAGAGUCCACCAGCGGAAGCACACGGGGGAGCGGCCCUUCGCCUGCGCCGAGUGCGGGAAGAGCUUCACUCGCAAAGUGGACCUGAGAGUCCACCAGCGGAAGCACACGGGGGAGCGGCCCUUCGCCUGCGCCGAGUGCGGGAAGAGCUUCACUCGCAAAGUGGACCUGAGAGUCCACCAGCGGAAGCACACGGGGGAGCGGCCCUUCGCCUGCGCCGAGUGCGGGAAGAGCUUCACUCGCAAAGUGGACCUGAGAGUCCACCAGCGGAAGCACACGGGGGAGCGGCCCUUCGCCUGCGCCGAGUGCGGGAAGAGCUUCACUCGCAAAGUGGACCUGAGAGUCCACCAGCGGAAGCACACGGGGGAGCGGCCCUUCGCCUGCGCCGAGUGCGGGAAGAGCUUCACUCGCAAAGUGGACCUGAGAGUCCACCAGCGGAAGCACACGGGGGAGCGGCCCUUCGCCUGCGCCGAGUGCGGGAAGAGCUUCACUCGCAAAGUGGACCUGAGAGUCCACCAGCGGAAGCACACGGGGGAGCGGCCCUUCGCCUGCGCCGAGUGCGGGAAGAGCUUCACUCGCAAAGUGGACCUGAGAGUCCACCAGCGGAAGCACACGGGGGAGCGGCCCUUCGCCUGCGCCGAGUGCGGGAAGAGCUUCACUCGCAAAGUGGACCUGAGAGUCCACCAGCGGAAGCACACGGGGGAGCGGCCCUUCGCCUGCGCCGAGUGCGGGAAGAGCUUCACUCGCAAAGUGGACCUGAGAGUCCACCAGCGGAAGCACACGGGGGAGCGGCCCUUCGCCUGCGCCGAGUGCGGGAAGAGCUUCACUCGCAAAGUGGACCUGAGAGUCCACCAGCGGAAGCACACGGGGGAGCGGCCCUUCGCCUGCGCCGAGUGCGGGAAGAGCUUCACUCGCAAAGUGGACCUGAGAGUCCACCAGCGGAAGCACACGGGGGAGCGGCCCUUCGCCUGCGCCGAGUGCGGGAAGAGCUUCACUCGCAAAGUGGACCUGAGAGUCCACCAGCGGAAGCACACGGGGGAGCGGCCCUUCGCCUGCGCCGAGUGCGGGAAGAGCUUCACCACCAAGGGCUACCUGAAGAUCCACCAGAAGAUCCACGCGGACGGGACGCCCUUCAUCUGCAGCGCCUGCGGGAAGAGCUUCGCCACCACGCGCUACCUCAAGAUGCACCAGAGGAGCCACGCGGGGGAGACCACGUUCACCUGCACCGAGUGCGGGGAGAGCUUCGCCCAGAAGGGCUAUCUUCGCAUCCACCAGCGCAUGCACACCGGGGAGGGGCUCUUCCCCUGCCCCGACUGCGGGAAAAGCUUCACGGCCAAGUACCUGCGCAUCCACCGGCGCAUGCACACCGGGGAGCGGCCCUUCGCCUGCGCCGAGUGUGGGAAACGCUUCACCGCGGAGGGCUCUCUGAAAAUCCACCUCAAAAUCCACAGCCGGGUGCUGCUGAGCAUAUGCGCCGAGUGCGGGAAAAGCUUCUCCUCCCUGCGCUAUCUCAAGGUGCACCAGAAAACCCACGCCCGGGAGCCAGCGCCGCUCCCCGGCGCACGUGGGGGAGGCCUCCCGCAGGGGGCGCUGGCGAGGGGCCCCCAGAAAGGCCCCCGAGAAAUGAUCUCCUUCACCUGCAAGGACUGCGGGAAAAGCUUCUGCCAGAAGUCUAACUUGCUCACGCACCAGAAGAGCCACGCGCGGGAGAGGCCGGGUCCCACGCGCACCCCCCGCCCCGGCCCUGCGGCCGCUCCGCCGGCCUCUGUCAAGUUGAGCCCCGUGGAUCUCGUUGUGAGAGCAGGGAAGGAUUGUCUGGAGCCCGACCCCUCCCCCCCGGUCGGGGAGUUCAAGCCCAGCUUCCAGUUUGCACCGCAGGCCUGCCCGCUCCCCCUGGGAGUCCAUCUCGGUGCUUCCUGAGCCCGCGGGUGCCCUGCUCCUGCCUGGCGACGCCCCCCGGGGCUGUGGCUACCUGUGCAUGACGUAGUGCCCCCGGGCACUCCUGAGUCCCGGCCCCCAGCUGCUCCCUCUCGAGGUAGCGGGACGGUCCCUGGUCCCACAGUGCCCUGGGGGAGGGGAGACUCCCUUGCGGCUGCCACGGGCUUUGCUUUCCCCCCCUCCUACCCGUGCACCGAGCCUGGCUUUUAAGGUGCAGGCGGGUUCAGUGAUUUUCUGGUAGAAGCCCUCUGAAACCGAACGACAGAUUCCCGGUAUCGCUCGCUCGCUCGCUCGCCGAUUGAAUUGAAUUGUCUUUCCUGUCCGCGGUGCAGUCGCCUGCGCAGUGCAGAUCCUUCCCCGUCCAGUCCUCGUGUCCGGAGCAUCCCGGCGAACUCGGCACCGCGCACGCUCCCCGGCAGAGCCCAGCGCCGGGCACGGGGCGGAACUCAAGCUUCCCCUUUUCGGCAGCUGCACUGGGACGGCGGAGCCCCCGGGC